AUGGCGGCGGCGGGGAGGGGGGGCAGUAGUUUUAAAGUAGACACCCGCCCUUGCCUGAGAGAAGAUAUGACUUGGAAUGAACAGGAAAAGACUGAACUUUUUGCAGAUAAAUUUUGUAAUGUGUGUGGAGUGGUGCUUCAGUUUGAAUCACAAAGGAUUUCACAUUAUGAGAGUGAAAAACAUGCUCAAAAUGUUAGGUUUUAUUUUCAAAUGCAUGGGGAACAAAAUGAAGUGCCUGGUAAGAAAAUGAAGAUGGAUGUUAGGAAUUUUCAGGAGCAUAAAAGUGAAGUAGUGGACAGAAAUAAAUUUUGUGGUCUCUGCCACAUGGUUUUUAGCUCCUCAGUUGUUGCUCAGUCUCACUAUGUGGGGAAAGUCCAUUCUAAAAAACUGAAGCAAUUAAUGGAGGAGCGUGAUCAGGUAUCUCCAUCAAGCUUUCAGCCAGCAACGGCAGGUGUGCCUAUUACUACUUCUGCAGAGUCAACUUUUCUGAAGCCCCUUGCUUUCAAGCCUCCUCCAGCAUUUAGUAUGAGAACCUACGAUUGUCGUAUUUGUAAUAUCACCUUUACAUCUUUAGAAAUGUUCCGGUCUCAUAUGCAAAGAAGUGAACAUCAACUUAAAGAAUCCAUUGUUAUCAAUCUAGUGAAGAAUUCAUGGAAGCCACCAGACUCUUGCCAAGAUGAAUGUACAGAUUACAUCAAAGUAGAGAAAGCCAGAGGAUCAGAACCAAAGACUUGUUUUAGAAAGAUGGAAAAAGGUUCUUUGGAAGCCCAUGGGUACAGAGAAGCAGUUGAUUCCAGAUCCAGACAUAGAAUGUUUGAACAAAGAUCCCCAUGUGAGACUUUCUGGACAUAUCCAGGACCAUAUAAUAUUUCACAAAUAGUGGAAAACCAAUUACCUCAUUGCUUACCAGCUCAAUCAAAGAAAACAUAUGACUCUUUUCAAGAUGAACUGGAAGAUUAUAUCAAAGUGCAGAAAGCCAGAGGACUACAUCCAAAGACUUGUUUCAGAAAGGUAGGAGAGAGCUCUGUGGAAACCCAUGGGUACAGAGAAAUUGAUUCUGGACCCAGACCAAGAAUGUGUGAACGAAGAUGUUCAUUUGAGACUUCUCAGACCUACCAACGACCAUAUACUACUUCACCAGUGGAAAGCCAAUUAUAUCACUGGUUACCAGCUCAUUCAAAGAGGACAUAUAACUCUUUCCAAGAUGAACUUGAGGAUUAUAUCCAAGUGCAGAAAGCCAGAGGACUAGAGCCAAAGACUUCUUUCAGAAAGAUAAGUGAUAGCUCUGUGGAAACCCAUAAGCACAGAGAAAUGGUUGAUUCCAGACCCAGACCUAGAAUGUUUGAGCAAAUACUCCCAUUUGAGACUUUCCAGACUUAUCCAGGAUCAUACAGUAUUUCACAGGCAGAAGAAAACCAGUUACCUCAUCCUUUACCAACUCAUGACAGCAAACAGAGAUUAGACUCUGUGACCUACUGUCAACCCACCAGAGACUGUUUCCCAGAAAAGCCAGUACCCCUGAGCCUUAGUCAGCAGGACAAUAACUCUGGCACAUACAGUGUAGAAUCUGAAGUUUAUAAGCACCUCUCCUCAGAAAACGAUACCAAUGAGCAUCAAGCAGGUCAUAAGCGUAAACAUCAGAAGAGAAGAAGGCACAUGGAGGAAGGUGAAGAAAGGCCAGAGAAGGAGCAGUCCAAGCAUAAAAGAAAAAAGAGUUAUGGGGAUACAGAUCUAGACAAGGACAAGGGCAUUGGGGAAGGGAAAAGAGACAGAGAUAAACUUAGUGUCAGUUCAGGAAAGCUUAAGCAUCGAAAAAAGAAAAAAAGCCAUGGCGUACCCUCUGAGAAGGAAGAACGUAAGCACAAGAAAGAGAAAAAGAAAUCUGUUGAAGAAAAGACAGAAGAGGAAAUGCUUUGGGAUGAGUCUAUUCUUGGAUUUUAA